UUCCCAUUUUUCCCCAUUUUUUCUCUCUCCUAACAAACCCUUCUCUUUCUCUCUCUUCUCACUCAUUUUUGGGAGCAACCCAGAUCUUAAUUCUUUCAAAUAGAACAAAAUAAAUGGAGUCAUUGCCAGAUGCCAUUGUUCAAUACAUAUUGUCUCACCUAAACAAUGCCAAAGAUGUGACAUCUUGUAUUUCAGUCUCAAAGAGAUGGAAAGAGUCUAUGCCAUUCAUUCGAAGCCUGUACUUUCCUCGAAACGUUUUCGAUACGUCCUCGAUGAGAGAUUGUGACGAUACCAACCCUGAUGAAAUCAUAUUGAAAAUUGUAAUGAUGGUAGUCCAAUUAGAGGAGCUUGUUGUAUACUGUCCUUUCUCUAGUUCAGGGCUUGCAGCUUGGCUCAAUGUAGCUAAUAAGUCCCUUAGACAUCUCGAGCUUCGAAUGGAUAGCAUUUCGGAACAUCAAAUUAGUCCAGAGGCUUCAAUGAGUAAACUAGAUUGUAUAGGUAUUGCAAAGAAUUUAGAGUCUUUAAGAUUGUGGGGUGUGAUGAUGACCCAAUCACCUAAAUGGGAGACUUUCCAUUAUCUUCGAAAUCUUGAAAUUGUUGGGGCAAGAAUGGAGGAUCAUACAUUGGUAGAUGCACUUCAAUUGUGUCCUAAUUUGAAUCGAUUAUUGCUCCUUGGUUGUGAGGGAAUUCGAUCUGUUUCGAUUAAUAUGAAAGAGUUAGAGGAGUGUAAAUUGGACUUCUAUGGUGCUGGAAACAAUUCCCUCACCAUUUCUUGUCCAAAAUUAAUCAGCCUUGAGAUUCAAGGGUGUGGUUGGAUGAGGGUUCGGGACACUCAAUGCCUUCGAAAUCUUUCGAUUUCCAACAGUGGAGGAAAAGUUUACCUGGUUGAUUUUAGCAAACUCGUGGCACUCGAAACCUUGUCUUUGAGGGGUGUUCAAUGGUGUUGGGAUGCCAUAAGCAAGAUGCUUCAAUGGGCUUCUGAAGUGAAGUAUCUUUACAUGAAGGUUGAAUUUACUGGUGACUUUGAAAACCUUCUGCCCUUCCCUGAGAUUGAUUUUGUCGAGUUCUUUAAUGCUCAUCCAAAGCUCCAAAAGUUUGAUAUCCAUGGAGCUAUGUUUGCUGCAUUAUGUCAGAAAAAUAGCUUGAAAAAUGUUGAUUCGAAGUUUUCAAUUCCAUGUUUGGAAGAGAUUGUACUAACUGUAAGAUCACCAUUAAAUGCUGAACAGAAAAUGAGUACUCUUGAGUCAUUUGUGAAGUAUGCGCGAAACCUUAAGAAGAUGGUAAUAAAGAUUCUUCAGAUGAAGAGUAGCCAUAGCAGCACAGACGAUUUCUUUGAGGAUAUCUGUAGGUUUAAAUACAUGAAUCGAAAAAUUGUUAGAAUAGAAUAACAAGGAAGAAGUGAUUUCUCUUCCUCUCUUUCCCUUUCCCUUUACGUGGAAUUCCCACAUCAUUUGUUGUUUCAUGUAGAACUUCUCAUCAAUUUUAACUGAUAAACUGUAUCCUCAUCAUUUUUAACAGAUAAAUGUAUCAAUUUCUUUUCAUUUGAACUGUUUAUGUUGUGUAGAUGUUCUGAAUUUGAAGUCUUGGCUACUACACUUUCAGUUUGGAACUAUAUGUAUUUUGACAAGAUUUGAUCAUAAGACGCCUUGAAACUAUCUUUAAGAUAUGAUAGUAUCGUUUAUGCAAGUACAUUGAUUGAGGAGAGCUCUAUUAGGGGUAGAUCAAGAUCGAAUUGGUACAAGUUAGUUUGACGGUCGUGACUUGUGAGUAGUUGUGGCUCUGCCUCUUUGAUGGCUUCGGCCACUUCAGCUAUCUAGCAAGUUUAUAAUGAAAAUUCGGAGGUCAAAAACAUCAAGCAAGCAACUUAAACAAAUAUAAUAAAUCAGAAAACUAAUAAUCCAUACCACCAAAGAGUUUAGCUUCUCAUUUCUUCUCUUGUAGCUAUAUAUAGUGAAUGUUUAGAGCAAAAAUUAAGUGAAAGUUUAAGGGCAGACAACUAAUAUCACAUACCUAACUGUUUGUAAAGUAUGGAGUAUCCUUUUUUAGUGAACAAUUGUUGGCUAUCUCCUAAUGCCUUGAUGAUCAUGUUUCUAUCGUAAAAGACUUACAACUAAUCUCCUAAUGCCUUGAUGAUCAUGUUUCUAUCGUAAAAGACUUACAACUAGUCUAAGCAUAAACUUUAACUCUUGAAAUUUCAGGGGAAGGGGAAUCCUUGUCUG